GGUGUUCUAAACCGCUGCACAUCAACAGCGGUGGGAGAGGCGUGAAAAAUAGGUGUAUUUCUCUCCCUACAGAGUGUUCACUUUGAUAUACACACUCACGUAUUAUUGAUAUGGAGAAAACAACAAACAAAGAAGGGGAAUGCGAUAGCAGGCGGUUCAAUAGUAGCGAAGCCACUCUGAAGGAAACACCUCCAGACUUGCGCGCCGAAAAGGAGGCAUCGGCCUCCGCGCGGCCUAAAACACGGCUCUUGCGGGAUGUCGAGUCUGAGGAGAACAAGUUCAUCUACAACGCCCUCUACAAAUCCCCUGACGACGCCGUGAACGAACAAAUCAAAGAAGCGCUCACGACGAGCGAUAUGCUUCGUGAUAUGACGCACUCCAGGGAGGCGUUUCAGAAGGCAGUUUCAAUGUCGAUGUCGGAAAAGAGUAAGGGCUGCGCGCAGUUGAUCACUCAACUCCGUAGUCCUCGUUCGCAGCACGUGGUGAAGGUGUUUAUUGGCUUUAGCGUGGCGAUGCUAACACUUCCAAUCGUAGUGUUGCUGUUCGGGAUGCGCUACCUCGCUUCAUGGUUGGGAAUGGAUUCUGUCGUGUGCGGGGGCUUCGCUUCCCUCGGAUGCGUCGUAGUGCUCAUGGCAAGUUAUACGAUAUAUGCGUUCAUCGAGGACACAUCGCCUUCUUCAUUUCAUCCGGUAGCAACAGAAGCGGGUGAUAAGAAAAGAAAUUAAAGCCCUUUGGUAAUUCAUCCAUCGGCACGCUUAAAAAGGGAGGCUAUGCGCAGCGUUUAAAUACAUAAAA